GUUAACAAAAAUACGCAAUGGCCGAGCUCACGGGAAAUGGGAAAUGAAGCAGCAUAUCCAAUCCAGAUACUAUGGCUACUCUGAGACACCAGGUCUGCCCAUCUACUCUACCGUUGCUGCACGGUUCCACCCAGAAUCCGAUUCUUUCAAAAUCUCAGCUGUCCGUUUGGUCUAAGCCACUGAGGCCUUCGUUUUCUAUCUUUGCUACUCAACCCACUUCCUCUUCUCAUUCUUCGUCCUCCAUUUUCCUCCCUGUACUGGAAAAUGCACGAAUUGAUCAACAAGAGCCAGAGAACGAGCAAGAAGAGCAAGAGGACGAAAAUCUCACAGACCCAAUCGUCAGAUUCUUCAAGUCCCGCACUUCAACUUCAACCCAGGAUCCCACCCACCAAGGCAAAUUAUCCCUCCAGAAAAACCGCCGCACUUCGUGGCGUCUCUCACCUGAAUUCCAAUCCGAUAGCGAACCUGAUAUUGAAGAUGUUUUUACCAGAGAAGAAAGCCAGCACAUGGGUUCUGCAAGUUCGGAUCCAAUUCCGUUGCCGGAGGGAAUUGUGGGGGAGAUAAUGCAAAUUGCCAGGGAGUUACCUGAGAAUUCUACGUUGGGAGAGCAAUUGGGUCCUUUUGAGGGGAGGAUUAGUGCAACAGAGUGUGUAGAGGUGUUGGGGCUGAUGGGAGAAGAGGGUAUGGUGACUUGUUGCUUAUAUUUCUUUGAGUGGAUGCGAUUGCAGGAGCCAUCUCUCGUCACACCUCGUUCUUGUACUGUUUUGUUUCCAAUAUUGGGAACGGCAGGGAUGGGUGAUAAGUUGAUGAUUCUGUUUAGGAACUUGCCUCAGAAUAAAGAGUUCGGAGAUGUUCACGUUUACAAUGCUGCUAUUUCUGGUCUUCUCUGUUGCAGGAGGUAUGAUGAUGCUUGUACGGUGUAUGAGGCCAUGGAAGCAAACAACAUCUCUCCAGACCAUGUGACAUGUUCUAUAAUGAUUACAGUUAUGAGGAAAAAAGGUUGUAGUGCAAAAGAGGCUUGGGAGUUUUUUGAGAGAAUGAAUAGGAAAGAAGUCAAAUGGAGUCCAGAAGUUCUGGGUGCUCUAAUAAAAUCAUUCUGUGAUGAGGGACUGAAGAAUGAAGCCCUAAUUAUUCAAGUAGAAAUGGCAAAGAAAGGGGUAUUUUCAAAUGCUAUUGUAUAUAACACAUUAAUGGAUGCUUAUAAUAAAUCCAACCAAAUUGAAGAAGUUGAGGGUCUCUUUGCUGAGAUGAAAGCAAAAGGCCUUAAGCCAACAUCUGCUACCUUUAACAUUCUUAUGGAUGCAUACAGUAGAAGAAUGCAGCCAGAGAUAGUUGAGAAAUUGCUGCUAGAAAUGCAGGAUGCGGGAUUAAAGCCUGAUGCCAGAUCAUAUACAUGCUUAAUAAGUGCAUAUGGGAGGCAGAAGAAAAUGAGUGACAUGGCUGCAGAUGCAUUCUUGAAAAUGAAGAAAGUCGGUAUAAAACCUACUUCACAUUCUUAUACAGCUCUUAUACAUGCUUAUUCAGUUAGUGGUUGGCAUGAAAAAGCCUACAUCGCGUUUGAGCAUAUGCAAAGAGAAGGAAUCAAACCCUCUAUAGAAACAUACACAGCUCUGCUGGAUGCAUUUAGGCGUGCUGGUGACACCCAAAUGCUAAUGAAAAUCUGGAAAUUGAUGAUAAGCGAAAAAGUUGAAGGGACAAGAGUGACAUUCAACAUUCUUCUUGAUGGGUUUGCUAAACAAGGUCACUACGUGGAAGCAAGAGAUGUGAUAUCUGAAUUUGGGACGUUUGGAUUGCAGCCAACAGUGAUGACAUAUAAUAUGCUGAUGAAUGCAUAUGGGAGGGGAGGGCAACACUCAAAGCUGCCACAGCUAUUGAAAGAAAUGGAAGGUCUCAAUUUAAAACCUGAUUCUGUUACUUACUUGACCAUGAUAUAUGCAUUUGUCCGUGUUCGAGAUUUCAAGAGGGCAUUCUUCUAUCACAAGGAGAUGGUGAAAAGUGGGCAAGUGCCAGAUGCCAAGUCUUAUCAAAAGCUUAGGGCAAUAUUGGACGUAAAAGCGAAAAUAAAGAAUAGGAAGGACCGGAGUGCCAUACUAGGUAUAAUCAGUAGCAAGAUGGGUAUGUUGAAAGUUAAGAAGAAAGGGAAGAAAGAUGAAUUUUGGAAGCACAAGAAAAGGCAUCCAAGAGUGCAUAAUGGCGAUCAAUCAUGAAUCUUGAUAGAUAACGAUUGUGCCUGUUUUGGAGCUUUAUAAAUUUAAGAAAGCUGUGUUUCACCUAUGUUGGUCUUGUUCAGGAAUAAUGUACAUCUCUUUGCUCUCAAGUGGCCACCUCUCCUCCCGAGGUGUGACAUUUGAUUUGUAUCUAAGGGAUGAUACCAAAAAGAGGACGGCUUUUCCAGCUAACCGCACUGAUUUCUAUGGAGCGCUUUCCUUGUGUUUCUGUCUCUCCAGAUAAUCCGGUGUAGUUUGGAAAAAUUCUGGCAGAUGCGUAUUCUGAGUUUAGGAGUAGUGAGUAAGCAAAUUCAUACCAGUUGUUUGGAGUAGGUUUUUUUAAAGGUGAUAGAAACCUGGAAGACCCCUUCUUUUUAUGUCAAAGAUCUUACCAUUUCUGACGAACUGGAGUUUCAUCUCUUUCCCGGGAGAGAAUAGUAAUAACUAAAUAUUAUUACCAUUCCAGGUUUUAA